AUGACUGCAAGCGAAGGUGAAGGAAGUUAUGGAGCUAUGUUAAGCUCAUUCACAACUUCCGUGAAAGCGGAUCUGGACAGCCCCGUAACAUCCAAUUUUGGUAAUCGUAUUGCCGAAUAUCGUGUCGAGGCACAGCGAAUUGUUGAAGAAACCGAGGGUUAUACGGUGGACUUCGAACGAUUACGUAAGGCUUCAAAAGAGGUAGAAGAUACCUUAGUGAUUCUUGUAAGGCAGCUUCUUGCUUUUGGACAAGCAGCUAAAGAGAUCGCUACCAAGUGGACUUCUAGAUCAGAAUCGCAGUAUGAAUCUGAUGUGGCUGUUAUACUGAUGAAAAUGGAGUGCCAUAUCAAAGAUGAAGCUGAUCUGACGAAUUUACAAAUGCGGAAUUGGCAAAGCAACAUUGUUACCCCGUUCCUAACACUAGUGGAAAUCGGACGUGAAAUCCGCAAUCGAGGUGUGGAACGAUCAUGCCGUGAUUAUGAAAAUAAAUAUGUAAAAGCAGAAGCUGAUGCAAGGAAGCAUGCAAAACAUGCUGGUUAUACCAGAAGCCAGUUGGGUCAUGGUGAGUUAGCGGAGCAGUUAACACGAGAAAGACUUAUGGUACAAUACGAGUUGUGCAAGUUCCUGAUGUCAGUUGACACGGUAGAAGAUCGUCGAGGUCCACAGUUGUUGCGGCAUUUUAUGGAGCUUGUUCGCAACCAAAACUCCUAUUACAUGAAUCGAGUGAGGGUAAAUGAAGAUUUUCGGCAAGAUAUGACGAAGUUGGAGGAGCGAAUGAUGACACGGAAUGCAAAUCGAUGUGCCCAGCGAAAUACACUUUGGGAUUUAAAAGGCCAGUUGGAAGCAAAUGAUGAACUUGCACGUUGCGCCUCAGGGCGUCGGUCAUCGGGGCGUGACUCAGUGAAUCUUGGCAGCCGUCUGUCCGGUAUUAAUUUAGUCAAUGCCAGUAGUGCACUUCUGAAUGAUAAUGAUCCAUUAAAUGAAUUAGCCACAAGUACAGCUUUCUUCCCAGACCUUGAUUUUACUCAAUCUGGUUAUUUAUACAAGAAAAGUAACAAGAAGUUGCACAAACAGUGGCAGAAACGUCGUUGCCGCAUUGAGGAUGGACAUUUCUGGCUGUCACAUUCUGAUGAGUCCGCGCCACCAACAAAGCUGAGCCUACUUGUGUCGGAUUGUAAGCCAUCAACCGAUGACCCGAAAUCUUUCGAUUUAUAUUGCCGUGAGAGGACAUAUCAUUUACAAGCUGAUUCAGAAACUGAUGCAAAAAGAUGGAUGCUUGCAUUAAAACGAGAAAUAACAAGAGUCAAAGCGAAAAUGCUGUCAGCCGAAACACCUCAGGGAAAUGAAGGUGGUAGUAGUGGUGCUAUUUCAGAACUGUAUGAAAGAAAAAUGUGUGUAGCAAAAGUGCGGAAGCUUCCUGGUAACAAUGUUUGUGCUGAUUGCUCAUCAAAAGAAGAUGUACAGUGGUUAUCAAAUAUUGGUGCACUAGUAUGUAUUGCUUGUAGUGGUGUGCAUCGGGAAUUGGGUGUCCAUGUAAGUAGGAUACAGUCACUAAAUUUGGAUGUUAUAUCACCGUUGGAGUUUCUUGUACCACUUUCAUCUGGCAACAUUAUGAUUAAUCGUUUGUUCGAAUAUGAUGCAGCCAAAUGCGCAACAUGGAAACCGAUUCCAGGAUGUACAAGAUUUGAUCGUCAACGUUUCAUUCAAAUGAAAUAUCGUGAUCGCACUUUUGUGCAGGAACUUGAUGAUCCCGAUGCAUCUCUAACUGAAGCAUUUAAUAAUUGUGACUUUGAGAAUACAUAUAGAGCACUGCUUAGUCCAAAUUUAACGAAAAAGCCGUUUUUCCGAAAUGGACCGUUUCAUCAAAUGGUUUUACGCGAGACUUCGUUAUCAUUGCCUCUUGCAGAUUUGGUCAUGCAAUUAAGAAUUGAGAUUUCCGACAUGGAAGCAAUAAUAAUGGAUUGCAUCCGUUGUGGAAAUGCUGAUAUGGUGGCUGUUUUAUUGCGUUACCGAUCUCUAAGUUCUGCCGUUCGUAGCAUACAUUUGCAUUCACUGAUUACAUGCUCUGAGAAUGCACAACAAAAGAAAAUUACUGAAACGUUGCGCUCACUGCAGUUGGGUGAUAGUACGCAAGUGCAAAAUGUGGCUGUUCCACCAAUUUUAUUUAUUUCGACGCCCGAUUCAGCAUCGCUGAGUCGGUCGUCAUCUUCUGUUUCGUCCUGUCCACAUCUUCCAUCCGAUUCAACUGCUUCUCAGAAUGUCAUAUCGAAACCAAUUAAUGUUCUCAUGCGAAAUGGUACUACUAUAUCCGUUCCGCAAUCACCUUUAUCUAUGGAAGACACUGGAGGCAAUCGUUUAUCCAAGCAGAUUUUUGUUGAGAGUGAACCAGCUCAUUCUUUGGUUGAAAGAGAAACUUCUGCGCAUAACAGCACACAGACAAGUGGUUCCAAGAAUUUUGAUGAAAGAAAAGAAUUCCUACCAUUCGUAGUGCCACUCUGUACUUCGACGCCAUCGUCUAAUGUUGACUCCGCACGCGUAGUCACGCAUUCAAAUCAUUAUUCUGUGACAUUACCAUCUAUCCCGAUUUCUUCCUCGCCACCAAUUUCGGUUACACCAGCGCAAAACAUGGCAAAGUCCUAUAUUCGAUCAGCUAGCGAAUAUUCACGAACUGCAAAUUCUUUUGAAGACCCAGGCGAUAGAUCAGCAACAGUUAGAUCUCUUCCAGGACAUCUUGCUCCACAGUCCAGCUCCACUAGAGAUAAUGAUGAAAUAAUGGGAGCAACAUUUCCGAUUGUUGCCUCAAUAAGUCUUGAUCCUAUUCCUUUGAAUGCUCAAAAGCAGGAAAUGAAUAUAUAUGUAGUCGCUCCAGGAAAAGAGGAAAUUAUUGAUAAAGAGAAAUACUUUGUCAAAGGAACUUCAUCGGCUUUUGAUCAAGCGCGGUCAAAUUUUACGUCGGAUAAUGAACAUGCACGCUUUUCUCUAAUGAAUUCGUUAGCUGCAAAUAAUUUACGUCGGGAAAUGCCUCGGUAUAUGUCGAGGAGCAUACGGUUAACACGACCGGCGCCUGCACCACCACCACUAAUCGGUGUUAAACUAAAGCCACCGAUUCCGGCUCCAAGACGUUUCCCAUCUCUUUCUAGAGAAAACAAACAGAGAGAUUGUGCACGACGCUGUCGAGCCUUAUAUGAUUGCAAAGCUGAUAAUGCUGAUGAGUUGUCAUUUCGGCAAGGUGACAUAAUCGUGAUUACAAAAGAAAAAAUUACUGGAGAAAGUGAUAUCUGGAUGGAAGGGUAUUUGGAAAAUAAUCCGUUAUGCAAAGGUGUAUUUCCGACAACAUUCGUCACUUUCCUUUCUUGA